AUGUACUACUCCCCUCUCCGUCUCGCGCUGGGCGGCCUCGGUCUCGUGACCUCCUCGGCGCUGGCUACGAAUCUCUAUGUCAGUUCAUACAGUGGAGAUAUCACGUCGCUGCGGUUGAGCCAGAGUGACAACGGCUCCUAUGCUCUCGCUGUCGUGGCGACGAAUAGAGGCUCCGCGCCCAGCCCUGCGUGGCUAGAGAAGGAGCCAGGCAAAGGUGUUGUGUAUUGUAUGGAUGAAGGAUUGCCGGUUCCAAAUGGAUCGAUAUCUUCAUAUCGAACCUCGCCGUGUGGCGAGCUUACGCUUAUUGAUCGUCAUACGACGAUCAGCGGCCCUGUGAGCUCAGUAGUUUACAAUAAGGGAAAGGCAAUGGCGGCUGCUCAUUAUGGUGGCUCAGCUGUUACGACCUGGAAUAUCCUCCCCACCGGUGGUCUUUCUCCACUCCAGAAUUUUACGUUCAAGUUAUCCGCUCCUGGCACCAAUCCAGGUCGUCAAGAUGCACCUCAUCCUCAUGAGGCAAUUGUUGACCCCACGGAUUCUUUCAUCAUUGUCCCCGACCUAGGCGCCGAUCUCCUCCGCGUCUUCAGUAUCGACCCCGCCACCAGCGCCCUAACACCCUCAAAGUCCUUCAGCACACCACCCGGCUCGGGGCCGCGCCACGGCGCCUUCUCUGUCUCCGGCUGUGCCGAUAUUAAGAACCAGGAGUGUCUAGCUUCAAAAGCAGAUACUUACUUCUUCGUGGUUUCCGAAAUCUCCAACAACGUGACUUCAUAUAAGGUCACAUACGGCAACAAGACUUUGGAUUUCACAGAAGUGUUUACCACUGGGAUAUAUGGGAAUCAGACAACGCCUGUAGGAGCUGCUGCUGGGGAAGCACUUAUUUCUCCGGACAAUAAAUUCCUCCUGACCUCUUCCCGUAACGCAACCCUCUUUAGCAUCCCCAACUUCGACAGCACUAACAGCACGAAAAUCCCCUCCGACACCCUCCAAAGCUGGUCCAUCGAUCAUACUACCGGAAAGCUCUCAUUCCGCCAAUCGGCCCCCGCAGGUGGCUCCUUCCCACGGCAGUUCUCCGUGAAUCAGAAGGGGACUCUGGUGGCUGUAGGAUUGCAGCUGAGCAGUAGAGUCGUCAUCAUGGAGAGAAAUCCGAGUGACGGGACCUUCGGGAAAUUUGUGGCUGAAGUGGGUGUCACCGGUGACGUGACGAGUGUUAUAUGGGACGAGUAA